UGCCACUGGGUCCCACCAUGCCAGCUGCUAUUGCCUCCAUCACUUUCUUCUUCAUCUUCUUCUUCUCGCUCUGAGUUAGUUCAUUCUUCGCAAUGCCCAAUCAUUCCACCGCCACAAUGAACGAUCAACUAUCCAACCCCACCUCCAUUUUCGGCCUCCGUCUAUGGGUGGUUCUCGGUGUUUGUGUCGGCGCCGCCAUUGUUCUUCUUCUCUUUCUCAUCUCUAUAUGGCUCGCUUUCAAGCGUUCCAAGACCAGCCCUUCUAUUCCCGACGUAUCCAAAGAGAUCCAAGAAAUCAGAGUCGUCGACCAUGCUCCGAAUCCCGCCCUCCAACCCGACCCGUUUCCCGAACCCGAACCUAUUCCUUCCAACGAGCGACAAUCCUUGCUUUCUAUUCCUCCCGAAGAUGAAACAAAUUCUCUCGCCUUCAACAGAAUUCAGUUUGAGAUUGGGAAGAAUCAUCGAAUCUCGUACCCUGAACGUGCCUUCGUUCGGUCUGGUUCGAAUGAGGAACCUCGACCCGUGGAUCAGGUUCCGACUGUGAUUCCUGAAGUUUCUCAUUUGGGCUGGGGCCACUGGUACACUCUCAGGGAGCUUGAGGAUUCUACUAGUGGGUUUGCUCCCGAGAAUGUUAUUGGUGAAGGUGGAUAUGGGAUUGUGUAUCAUGGUAUUUUGAAUGACAAUACUCAUGUUGCUAUCAAGAAUCUCCUCAAUAAUAGGGGACAAGCUGAGAAAGAGUUUAAGGUUGAAGUGGAAGCUAUAGGACGUGUUCGUCACAAGAAUUUAGUGAGGUUGCUUGGUUAUUGCGCUGAAGGAGCUCAUAGAAUGCUUGUGUAUGAGUACGUUGACAAUGGUAACUUAGAGCAGUGGCUGCAUGGGGAUGUUGGGCCUUGCAGUCCUCUAACAUGGGAAAUUCGAAUGAACAUUAUUCUAGGAACGGCAAAAGGGUUAACUUAUCUUCACGAGGGGUUGGAACCAAAAGUUGUUCACCGUGAUAUUAAAUCAAGCAACAUUUUGCUUAAUAGGCACUGGAAUGCGAAGGUGUCAGACUUUGGCCUUGCCAAACUCCUUGGCUCCGAUAACAGCUACAUUACAACCCGUGUCAUGGGUACAUUUGGAUAUGUUGCUCCUGAAUAUGCAAGUACUGGCAUGUUGAAUGAAAGAAGUGACGUGUAUAGUUUUGGAAUUCUUAUCAUGGAAGUAAUUACAGGAAGGAAUCCAGUUGAUUAUAGUCGGCCUCCUGAAGAGGUGAAUUUAGUUGACUGGCUCAAGAAGAUGGUUAGUAACAGAAAUCCAGAGGGGGUAUUGGAUCCCAAGCUCCCUGAGAAACCAACUUCGAGGGCACUAAAGCGAGCCCUUCUUGUAGCCUUACGAUGCACGGACCCUAAUGCACAAAAGCGGCCUAAAAUGGGGCAUGUCAUACACAUGCUUGAAGCCGAAGAUUCUCCCUACAAAGAGGAUCGCAGAGCUAGAAGGGAUGCUGGACAUUCACCUAACGAUAGAGUAGGGGAUGGAUUGAAAGAGGAGGCAGCUGUAUCAGUUGAUGCUUGUAAACUUGAAAACGGGAUGUGUGCCAAUGAGACAAGAUCAAACCAUCAAAUAGAAAAGCAAUAAAUUUGCAUAUCUGUCUCUUAAAUGACCAAAAAAACUGGUGGCACCCUUCACAACCUGUCAUUGCUAUAGGCCAAAAAAAAAAUAAAAAUCAAAUUUGCAUCCAUCGGGCCAUAACAUACUUUGCUUUAGGUUGUUUGCACCUUCCAUACCUCAGUCUAUACUCACAUAACCAACCCCACAACUAGAUUUAUCUGCUUUCUGUCUGUCCCGUGCCUUUUUUUUAAGGGAUGAUGAUUUUAGCUAUAGAGGUUGCUCAUGUAAAUUUUAGCGAUAUUGUUCUAUUCAUUCAAUAAAAGAUUAUUAAUAAUGCAUGGUUGGAUAUCAUGUUUUGAUCUGC